CUGCAUCCUGGGUACACAGCUCCAUGGUGAUGCAGUGAGCCUGUUGUGCAGACUGGAAACCAAAGUAAAGUAAACGGGGGAGGGUCGGCGACGGGGGGGCUUUCAGCGAGUUACAAUGCGUCUUUCACGGUGUUGAACGGUCUCGGUGAACGAUGAGCCAACUUCGCCGGUCGCCUGGAAGCGGAAUGACCCACUCUUGAGCCCCGAAAACGAGUGCUUGUUGGCGGCGGGGAGAGCGAGAAUGCAGAAGCCGAGCGCCCCGCUCCCUGUUGUCGGCUUGACUGGGAAAUGGUAGCGUGCUGUCGGACCCGCACUUGGAAGGAACAUGGUCGAGAGGAGCAGCAAAUUCUUGUUGAUCGUCGUCGGAUCCGUGUGUUUUAUGCUGAUUCUCUAUCAGUACGUGGCUCCCGGGGUGAUCAAUUUCGGCUCCCCGCACGGUUAUUUCACGGAGGAAGACGAGGGGGACAUCUUCCCCACUCCGGACCCCCACUACGUUAAGAAAUACUACUUCCCCGUCAGGGACCUGGAGAGGACGAUCGAUUUUCAGAUUAAAGGGGAGGACGUGAUCGUGUUUUUGCACAUCCAGAAGACCGGGGGGACUACCUUCGGCAGGCACCUGGUCCAGAAUGUCCGUCUGGAGGUCCCCUGCGACUGCAGACCGGGCCAGAAGAAGUGUACCUGCUACCGGCCGAACCGCAAGGAGACCUGGCUCUUCUCCCGGUUCUCCACCGGCUGGAGCUGCGGCUUGCACGCCGACUGGACCGAGCUCACCAACUGUGUGCCGGGGGUCCUCAACAAGAAGGAGAACAAACAGAAGAAUCAAAGGAAGUUCUAUUACAUCACUCUGCUGAGGGACCCCGUGUCCCGAUACCUCAGUGAGUGGCGGCACGUGCAGCGGGGGGCCACGUGGAAAACCUCACUGCACAUGUGCGAUGGACGGACCCCGACGCCCGAGGAGCUGCCCUCUUGCUAUGAGGGCUCCGACUGGUCGGGGUGCACCCUGCAGCAGUUCAUGGACUGUCCCUAUAAUCUGGCAAACAACAGACAGGUUCGUAUGUUGGCGGACCUGAGCCUCGUCGGCUGCUACAACAUGUCCACGGUUCCAGAGAAGAAGAGGGCCCAGCUCCUGCUGGAGUCGGCCAAGAAGAACCUGAGAGACAUGGCUUUCUUUGGUCUGACUGAGUACCAGAGGAAAACCCAGUUCCUGUUUGAACGAACCUUCAGGUUGCGCUUCAUCAGGCCGUUCAUGCAGUACAACAGCACCCGAGCUGCAGGGGUGGACCUGGACAACGCUACGGUUCAGCGUAUCGAGGAGCUGAACGAGCUGGACAUGGAGCUCUACGACUACGCCAGAGACCUGUUCCAGCAGCGCUACCAGUACACCAGGCAGCAAGAGAGGCGGCAGCAGCGCAUCAAGAACCACAUGCAGCAGAGCCACCAGGGCCUGGGCCUGGGCGUCAGCCUGUGGCCCUCCCACGGGCGCCAGAGCUCGGUGUCAACACUGGAGGACGCGGAGGGGGAGAGGGAUGAGCGUGAGGAGGGCGAGGAGGGAGGCAGAACGGAGGAGGCAGGCAGCAGGCUCCCCACUGAGGACUACAUGAACCAGAUCAUCAACCGCUGGUAGCAGCAGAAUGAGAACAGACACACAUAUGUAAUGUGAAAUAACAUACAAACACACACACACACACACACACACACACACACACACACACACAGAUACACAGAAAGUGGCCCCUGCAUCAAAGACCCAAAUGACUGACAAUAAGACUUUACUGGAGAGUUGUGGGAAUGAGAGUCGCAGUGGUUGCUAUGGAGACCUGGGCUUGGUUGAUUGCAUCAGCUCACAUUAUUGAGGUUUGCCCAGUUGUUAUUAGCACCUGCUUGCCCUUUCCCCCCCUCUGAGUCUCUCUGUCUCUCCCAUCAUCAUUACUGACUGAGCGGGGCAGAGAGAGUUCGAAGAGUUGCUGACAACCGAGUAUCUCAACCAUCUCCUCCCCCUCCAUCUCCUCCUCCUCCUCCUCCUCCUCCUCCUCCUCCUCCUGUAUCCCUCUCGUUCUCUGUGGCCUAAUAUGGAGCAUGAGAAAAUAAAAUUAAGUCUGUGAAUUCCCACUAACUCUCGGUAAAGGACCAGUCUACUUCCUGGAAGCUCCGAUUUCAAAGGGGAAGCUAUAAAAGUAUGCUAAUGGCUGAGCUGAACAAAGAAAACGGUGGGAGUACACGAGAGACUGAACCUAAAAGGAAGAGAGAAAAAGAAGUUGGACUGAGUUGUGUAAUAAAGCUUUCUGCUUAAAAAAAAUCAGCCAUUUCACCCAUGAACACGCUUUGGUCAUGAAAUAAUGACUCAAUCUCAUUCUAGGAUGAUUUCAUUUGUAUUUUUCCUUUUUUUUUGUUUAUGCUUUUUUUAAAGCAGAAUUGUAAUAACACUGAGACCAAUAUUGCUGCCUAAAGAAAAGUGAUUCCUUUAUUUCUUUAUUUUUAUCAGUUUUAUAAGUCAAAGCUAAUGGAUCGGAUUGAUGUACAAUGGACCAUAGCCAUUACUGAAGCCUUGCAUCUUGGGAGGGUGGGUAAAAAAAAAGAGAAAAAAAAAGUGGCCUGUUUCUCUGUUAAAGGUUCCCAAAGUUCCUGUUGCUUAACGAGUUCAUUAUUUCUCCUUUUUUGUGUGUGUGUCUCAGUCCUGCAGAGAAUGACAGCCAAUUACAGUCGAAUCUCACAUAGGUGCGAGGAAAUCAAAGGCAGGCAGAGGAGAGAGAGAGGAGUGAGUCUGCCGCAGGUUGUUGCCAGGAACCGUGCUGUGUGAGCAGCAAGCGCUUUGGAAACCUUAAGUCAGACAAACGCUCGAGAUGGGAGUUGUGGAACUACUGGUCGCCAUGGCAAUGUGAGCCCUUAAUGUAGAAGGUGGCAUUUUCUUUUUUUUUUUUCUUCUUGACCCAGGGCUGCGUUGUAAAAAGCCUCCUGCCCACCUGCUGAAAGGGCUCGCACGGCGGCAGUGACCCGUAGUUCGUUAGUGUAAGCGGUUAUUUUAUACGAUUUUACCCUGAAGAACGUACGGGGUGAGGUAGCAGUGCCUCUAUGUACUGGGAUCAUACUCAACAUAAUUAUUGCCAGAUAUUAUUAUGUCUGCAUUAUACUACAGUAAUUUCUCUGACUACUCGUGUGUGUGCGGAUGAAUGUGUUUCUGUGUGUGCGUUUGUGUGCGUGCAUGUGUGUGUGUGUGCGUGUGUGUGUGUGUGUGUGUGUAAAUAGUAUGUACAGUACGCCUUUGAUUGGCGUAUGUGUAUGCCUUUGUAAAUAGUGUGUGUGACGCAGAGUUGCCUGUUGAGUUUUGUGAAUGACUGGUUCCAUGACCAAUUAUUUUGCCAUUUGUUUUUUGUUUUUUGUUUUUUUAGUGGUGGAGGGGCGGGGCAACAAAGACCCUCUCCCCCCCCCGACACCAUAUCACAGCAGCAGUGUGACCAUCGCAGUGAUGCAAGCCAAUAAUGCUCCCCUCCUUCGCCCUUUAACAUUUUCCUUUCCCCUUUUUGUGUCUCCUCCCCAUGACGUAGUUACGCAUUAGGACUUUGUCACUAUAAUUCUCUAAAAUCCUAAUUUAUAUCUGAAAAAUAUGUCUGUGUGGCACGUCUUUACUCUUGGCAACAAAAUCUACAAGUAGCUUUGGGUUACUUACCAGCUGCUCCAAAUUCUGUGACAGAAUCAGGAACUUUGACCUCAAUAUCUUUAAUUUGUUAUGUGUUUGUGAUUCAAGCUUGCAUGUGUGAUAAGUUACAGAAUUUGUUGUAACGCCUAUUAUCAUUAAGCUCUGAUCCUAACGAAUCUCUUAUUGAACAUAUUCUCUCUCCUGCACUGUAGAAAACAUUUAUGACAAACAUCCCCAAAAGCAGACCUUGUGUUCUCAGCACUUUGUACGUUAUUCUGUGCUUUGCUCAUAUACCGUUCCCUACCCAAACCUAAAAGAUGAAUCAAAACUUAAAAUGCAGCCUCAUAUGCUUCUGACAACAUGUCUCAACUGAAUGCAAUGUGAGCCAAAUCCAUUUCAUUAUGUUUUUCCUAUUGCAUUGCUCAUGUGGGCGCUGCAUUGAACAACAAACAGCUUAUUCAAAAGUAGACCUGUUUGUUUUUGGAUCUGCAAUGAUUACUCCAGAUGCUUUUAAUGGCCAACUAACUUGAUAAUCAAUUUUUUGGUAAUUUUUGUGAAGAAAGAAGAAGAAAAAUUCUCUACUCCCACCUUCUUAAAUGUGAAUGUUUUCUCUUCUUUAUGACAAGGGCAUGUUGAGUUUUGGAAGACAUUUUCCCAGGGUCAACAUUUAUCUUUUUAGCCCCCCAAAAUGGAUAACUUUGGAAAAUGUUCUCACUUCCCCCCUUAGGUUUACUUAGGGAACACUGUGAAUGAAUCUCGAAGUAACAUACAAAGUGCUUAGUUUAUAAAAUAUAGUUUAUAGCUGCUGUAUCCAAUAAUGGAAUCCCAUAAGAGCUAAAAUAAAACGUAGACACGUCUGUAUAUUGCCAUAGAUGGCUGCUGGGGAAAGGAAACACCACUCUAUUAUUAUAUGAACUGUGUGGUUACUCUUUUCUAUCUGUCUGCGUCACAUCAAUUUACCUUUUCAUAUAAAUAUUUCAAGAUAAUCAACUUAAUAUUUCUGUUUCAGGACUUCGGGUAUUCACAGCAGUUUCCUUCUGAAACAUAAAAGUAAAAGUUAGUUCUUUUAAUGUGUUCAAAAAUGUAAGCAGCAUGUAAUGUUUUGUCCUGAACAUCUCAUUUUAAGGUUUUAAUGUGCUUUUUCCACCUCAGCUAACAAAAGUGUUGACAGAUCUUUGAGUUUUUGUUAAUUACAACUCUAAACCUAAGAUGGUUCAAUAAGGGAUUCAUAAAGGAUUCAGUGCGUCAAUUGAAACUGGAUUAAUAUUCACUGAAAUGUUGUUGAACCCCAACUCUGCCUACACGCAACAAAUCUAAGCAAUAAGAGGAAAAACCAAAAGGAGAAGAGAAUGUAAAAGUGUGAAAAAGACGCAUCACAACAUGAUUUAAUGAAACUGAAUGUAGUCCAAGUUUGGUGUCAUCUGUGGGGGCAAUGGGAGGACGCAUGCGUCCUUGGUAUAAGAUUAAUAACAUGUUGCAUCCUGCUGUUAACAUUAGAUUUUUUUUUGUUGUUGUCUGAAGGAAGGAGAAACCAACAAUUUAGCCGCCCACCCCCUUCUUGUUAAAUUUCAACUAAUCACCCAGGAUCCUCCAGUGUCUCUCCUUUUGAUCAGCUCCUUUUAAAUCAGGGAUGAUUCAUGAAGGAGAGAAGAACAAGGGGGGAUGAUGAAAGGUAUUGGGAUGCAUCCAGCAUCAAUAUGCUGCUUUUUGUGUAGCCUUCAAAGUAACGCAAAUGGAUAUGGGAAGAGAGAUCUCCUUUUUUUGUUUCGUAUUAACUUCCCCUUCAUUGUAUUCUUGAGACUUGAAAACACUGCAGCUCCAGGCAUUUUGCCCACAACCUCUUUUUCAAAGUCAGACUUGUUUUUGGGCUCUGAACCAAUAUCUGGCUCCGCAUUAGAGGUUGAAGACAGAAUACAAAACUGAUUCUGUACCUUCAGAGUGUUUUAUUUUCGGCCUUUCCAGUUUCAAGUGACCAUCAGACCCCUUUACCUGAGCAGUGUGUGAAAGACAAACUAAAUCCGUUCACUGAAAUUAUUCCAGGAAUUGAUGCUAUAAAGCUGUGCUCAAAUAUUUUAUGUCUCAUUACAAUGUAUAUCUGAUGUCUUAACAGCGUUUCCUUUGUGACAAUGAAGCAGCCCAGGUGUCGCUAACAUCAUCCCGUUUUUCUUUUUGAUUUUUUUUUUUUUCAAAGAAAAGAUGUGUUAAAAGAGUGUGAUAGAGACUUGUUUUUUCAGGUUGGUGUGCAGUCUGUCUCUGGCUCCUUCUGUAUGCAUCAUUCUGGGUUUGUUUCUUAUGAUUGCAAAAAUGAAUCAUCAAGCCACCAAUUAAAAUAUUUCAUUUUUACAGAC